AUGGUGAAGUCAUACUUGAAAUUCGAGGCUUCAAGGACAUUUGGCCUGGUCACUUCCGCUUCGGCAAAUGCGGUAUGGCUAAAAGAUGAGAAAACCUCCAAUUCGGCGAGGAAAACUGGUGCUGGACGUGCAGUAGUGGGCGCUGGAGAAAAUGUUUUGUGCUGGGAUAUAAAGAAGGGUGAUCUACUCUCGAAAUGGAGUGACCCUGAUUGCACGGCGCAAGUGACGGCGAUUGCGCAGAGCAAGACGGACGAAGAUAUCUUCGCAGUUGGCUACGAGGACGGUACAAUACGAGUAUGGGACUCAAAAUUCUCAACAGUAAUGAUAUCUUUCAAUGGCCACAAAUCUGCUAUUACACAGUUAGUCUUUGACGGACAAGGCACCCGUGUCGCAAGCGGCUCAAAGGAUACGGACAUUAUACUCUGGGAUUUGGUAUCCGAGGUCGGGUUGGUGAAAUUGCGUGGGCACUCGGAUCAAAUUACCUCGCUUCAUUUUUUGACCACCGAUGCCGCCGAUGAUGCCGAAGUUCUGGCGCUUAGCCAGCAUGAAGGCUUCUUGUUAAGUACAGGAAAGGAUUCUUUGAUCAAAGUUUGGGAUCUCUCUUCUCAACACUGUAUCGAAACCCAUAUUGCGCAAGGAAAUGGCGAGUGCUGGAGUUUAGGUCUUUCACCAGACCUAAGCGGUUGCAUUACAGGAGGGAAUGAAGGUGAACUGAGAGUAUGGUCAAUUGAUGCCAAUGCGAUCAAGGAACUCGCAAGGGGGAAGGCCGAAGUAAACAGCACCAAGGUAUUAACUGACAGGGGCAACUUGUACCGUAGUGGAAAGGAGAAAACGAUCGGCAUACAUUUCCACCCACAACUAGAUUAUGUCGCUCUCCAUGGUUCCGAAAAGUCGACAGAGGUUUGGCGAAUAAAGAGUGACGAAGAGGUUCAAAAGAGCCUUGCAAGGAAACGCAAACGUAAACGAGAGAAGGCUCGAGAAAAAGCAGGAGAAGGCGGGGCGGAAGCGGAUAUCGAUAUGGCUGAUUCUACAGCCUCUGCUCCAAUAACGGAGGUUUUUGUGCCUCAUACUAUCGUUCGAACGGGGGGGAAAGUAUCUUCAGUUGACUGGAUGGGUUCCAAGGGAUUGCAACUACUCGUGGCUACAACCAACAAUCAGUUGGAAACCUACAGCAUUACACCAGCUGAGAAGAAAAAAUCAAAGGACAAGGACGAGCCCGAUUACAGCCGUGUGCUAUCAAUUGAUAUACCAGGCCACAGAACGGAUGUUCGUUCACUCGCUCUAAGCUCCGAUGAUAGAAUGGUAUCAUCUGCGUCAAACGGAAGUCUCAAAAUCUGGAAUGUGCGAACAGAGACAUGUUUACGAACCUUGGACUGCGGCUAUGCACUUUGCUCUGCUUUCUUACCAGGUGAUAAAAUCGUGGUUGUCGGAAACAAGAACGGAGAAAUCGAAGUAUUUGAUAUCGCGUCCUCAACGUUGUUGGAUACAAUCCAAGCACACGACGGCCCCGUCUGGUCACUUCAGGCACACCCAGAUGGAAAAUCUAUGGUCACUGGAAGUGCCGACAAGACUGCCAAAUUCUGGAACUUCCAAGUCGUCCAAGAGGAGAUUCUCGGAACGAAACGGACUACCCCAAAAUUAAAACUCGUCCACACGAGAACUCUGAAGGUUACAGACGACAUUCUCAGUCUUCGUUUCAGCCCUGAUUCUCGUCUGCUGGCUGUCUCACUUCUGGACAACACUGUUAAAGUCUUCUUCGUCGACUCACUGAAACUCUUCCUUAACCUCUAUGGCCAUAAAUUACCCAUCUUGAAUAUGGAUAUUUCUCAUGAUAGCAAGAUGAUUGUGACUUGCUCAGCUGAUAAGACCGUACGACUAUGGGGUCUUGAUUUCGGUGACUGCCACAAAUCUUUCUUUGCCCACCAGGACAGUGUCAUGGCUGUUGCGUUUAUGCCUCACAACAAGGAAGGCGAUGGUCACAAUUUUUUCAGCGUAGGCAAGGAUCGAGUGGUCAAGUACUGGGACGGCGAUAAAUUUGAGCAGAUUCUAAAACUGAGUGGUCAUCAUGGUGAGAUCUGGGCUUUGGCAAUGAGCCACUGCGGAGAAUUCAUUGUCACCUCGAGUCACGAUAAGAGUAUCCGACUUUGGGAGCAGACGGAUGAGCAAAUAUUCUUAGAGGAAGAGCGAGAAAAGGAGAUGGAAACCUUAUACGAAGACAACCUGCUCAAGUCCCUAGAUGAAGAUGACGAUGAAGAGAAGGCGGAGGCUGUGGCAGCCGGCAAACAAACAGCCGAGACUCUUACUGCCGGAGAGAAAAUCAUUGAAGCGCUUGAUCUUGGUAUGGACGACCUCGCACUGCUACGAGACGCCGAGGAGAAGAAAAUUGCACCCCCUACCCGACACCCACAAUAUUUGGCUCUUGGAAAUAUAUCCGCCGAGUGUUAUCUUCUUAACGUUGUUCGGAAAAUACCCGCUGCCUCACUACAGGAUGCCCUUCUUGUCCUCCCCUUCACCAAACUGCCAGCCCUUUUCACAUUUGUGAACAUAUGGGCCGGAAAGGGAUGGGAUAUCCCGCUUACCUGCCGUGUACUAUUCUUCAUUCUCAAGACGCAUCAUACCCAAAUUGUCACCAGCAAAAUGAUGAAGCCAAUGCUCGACUCGAUUCGUUCUCACCUUCGCCAAGUUCUAGACAGACAAAAGGAUGAAAUGGGCUACAACCUCGCGGCUCUGCAGUUUAUUGGCGGUCAGGUGCGAGAAAAGAGCAAAUCUGAUUAUGUUGAUGAAGAUUUGUGGGCGCAGGAUGAACAGAAGCAGACCGGAGUCAAGAAGCGGCAGUAUAUGUCUGUCGCUUGA